GAGAUUAUAAACAUUCGAAUAUUGAAAGAUAAAUGGACUUUAACAUUCGAUAAAUUAUACUGUUUAUUGGAAUCGAACAAAGGGAAGUUGUUAAAGGAUGAGUACACUUAUUGAAAUAUGUUCUGGUUUGCCUAUUAAAUCUCUACCACCACCUGUUAAACAUAGGGAUAAUAAUGUACCUCAUGCACCUAUCAGGAACAUUAAUCUUAACAGAGAAGAAAAACAGUUAGCUUUGAAAAAUGCAUUACGAUAUUUUCCGGCCAAUCUUCAUAACAUACUCGCACCAGAAUUUCUUGAAGAAUUGGAAAAUUAUGGGCAUAUUUACAUGUAUAGAUUUCGUCCUUCUAUAGAGAUGAGAGCUUAUCCAAUCGAUCAAUAUCCUGCUAAAUGUCAAAAAGCAGCAGCCAUUAUGUUGAUGAUUAUGAAUAAUUUGGAUCCUAAAGUGGCACAAUUUCCUCACGAAUUGGUCACUUAUGGUGGUAACGGACAAGUAUUUUCUAACUGGGCACAAUUUUUGUUAGUUAUGCAUUAUUUAUCAACGAUGACGGAAGAGCAAACUUUAGUGAUGUAUUCGGGACAUCCUUUAGGAUUAUUUCCAUCAUUUGCAUCAUCUCCUAGGCUAGUUAUUACCAAUGGCAUGAUGAUACCUAACUACUCUUCUCCAGAUAAUUAUGAUCGAAUGUUCGCGUUGGGUGUAACUAUGUACGGACAGAUGACUGCGGGUAGUUACUGUUACAUUGGUCCUCAAGGCAUCGUUCAUGGCACAACGUUAACAAUAAUCAAUGCAGGAAGAAAGUAUUUACAAUUGGACGAUUUAAAAGGAAAGGUAUAUUUAUCAUCUGGAUUGGGUGGAAUGAGUGGAGCUCAAGCUAAAGCAGCUGUUAUUAGUGGAUGCAUUGGAGUUAUUGCAGAAAUCAAUUACGAUGCCAUUAAAAAACGUUACGACCAAGGAUGGGUACUGGAAAUUAUAAGCGAUCUAGAUAAAUUAGUGGAAAGAUUAAAAAAAGCUAAAAAGAAUAAAGAAGUGACAAGUAUUGGAUUUCAUGGAAAUAUUGUUGAUGUAUGGGAACGAAUGGCUCAUGAAUUAGAUACAACUAACAACAGAUUAAUAGAUAUGGGCUCUGAUCAAACAUCGUGCCAUAAUCCUUUCAAUGGGGGAUAUUAUCCAGUCCAAUUAUCAUUUGAAGAGGCUUUAAAAUUAAUUUCAGAUGAUCCAUCAAAAUUUAAAACUUUAGUUCAAGAAAGUUUAAGAAGGCAAAUUUCUGCAAUCAAUAAGCUUGCUUCUGAUGGAAUGUUCUUUUGGGAUUAUGGUAAUGCAUUUCUGCUUGAAGCUCAAAGAGCUGGUGCUGAUGUUGGAUAUCAACAAAUGGCAACAUGUAUUAAAUUUAAAUAUCCAUCUUAUGUUCAAGAUAUGAUGGGAUACAUAUUUUCAUUAGGCUUUGGACCCUUCAGAUGGGUUUGCACAUCAAAUGAUCCAGAAGAUCUGAAAAUUACAGAUAAUAUUGCUUAUAAUGUUUUAGAAAAAAUUGUUCAAAAAGAAAAAACCAAAGCAAUAAAAGAACAGUUGAAAGACAAUAUGAAAUGGAUUGCAGCAGCUGGAAAUCAUAAAUUGGUAGUUGGAUCACAAGCAAGAAUAUUAUAUUCUGAUCAGAAUGGAAGAAUUGAAAUUGCCUUGGCAUUUAACAAUGCUAUAAAAAGUGGAAAAAUAAAGGCACCUAUAGUGAUAAGUAGAGAUCACCAUGAUGUGAGUGGAACAGAUAGUCCAUUUCGUGAAACUUCUAAUAUAUAUGAUGGUUCUUCUUUCACUGCAGAUAUGGCUGUACAAAAUUGCAUUGGAGACUCAUUUAGAGGUGCAACUUGGGUUGCUUUACACAAUGGAGGUGGCGUUGGGUGGGGAGAAGUUAUUAAUGGAGGUUUUGGAUUAGUCCUUGAUGGAACUGAUGAUGCAGCAACAAAAGCAUAUAUGAUGCUUUCUUGGGAUGUUAGCAAUGGGCUUGCAAGAAGAAGUUGGUCAGGAAAUAUUGAUGCAAAAAAUAUUAUACUCACUACUAUGUCUGAAAACUCCAAUCUACGAGUGACUUUGCCGAAUGCAGUAGACCAAUCAGUAUUAAAUAUUGUUUAAAUAUAUGCAAAAUAAAAAAUUUAUUACAUUUGAAAGAAAAUUACUAAAAUAUACAGUUUUGUUCUAAAAAAUUUAAAUUUAUUUUAUAAGUUUCA